AUGUCGUUGAGCCCAAAGCAUACAACACCCUUUUCAGUGACCGAUAUCCUGAGCCCCAUUGAAGAGACCUACAAGAAGUUUGGUGGCAUGGACAACACUGGGAACCUGAGCACUUCCCUCAGCGCCUACAGACAGAGCCACGUUUCCCAGGCAGGGAUGCAACAACACACCAUGGGCCACAAUGCCACUGUCACCACCACCUACCACAUGCCCCAUAGUGUCUCCCAGUUCUCACAUGGUGCCAUGGGGGGUUACUGCAAUGGAAGUAUUAGCAAUAUGGGAGAUAUCUCCUCUUACCAAGAUACUAUGAGGAACAGCGCAGCAGCCACUGGAUGGUAUGGAGCCAACCCAGAUCCAAGGUAUUCAACAAUUUCUAGAUUCAUGGGACCUUCCAGCGGUAUGAAUAUGGCUGGCAUGGGCACUUUGCAAGGGAUAGCAGAAGCUGCCAAAUCAAUGGCCCCUCUACAUGCAGCCCCCAGAAGGAAAAGAAGAGUCCUCUUCUCUCAAGCGCAAGUGUAUGAACUGGAAAGGAGGUUCAAGCAGCAGAAGUAUCUCUCAGCUCCUGAAAGAGAGCAUCUGGCCAGCAUGAUCCACCUCACCCCUACUCAGGUGAAGAUCUGGUUUCAGAAUCACAGGUACAAGAUGAAGAGGCAAGCCAAGGACAAAGUCACUCAACAACUCCAGCAAGAAAGUAACUUGUGCCAGCAACAGUCCCCCCGCCGUGUGGCCGUUCCAGUGCUGGUAAAAGAUGGCAAGCCUUGCCAAAACGGCUCCAACACCUCAACCACAAGUCAACAGGUAUCCCAACAACAGAGUGGCUCCAAUGGUGUAUUGUCUUCUUCUAACAGCGCUGUCCAUCAGCACCAGAAUCAACAAGUUAACUCUUUAAACCAAGCUCCAGAGUUAGAGGAAAUGUCACCUAGCCCUCAAUCCCUCCACAACCAGGUGGCCAACAUGACACAGAUGGACGCUUCCAGUGUAGACUACACCAAUGGUAUGGUCAACCCCAGUAUGCUUUACGGAAGAACGUGGUAA